CCUUCUCCCAAUUUCCUCGGGGUCUUUUCCGGGCUAGACCCCGCACGCGAUGACGUGGGACUGGCAGAAGACGGGGGAACCGUUGGAUGCAGAAGCCGAGAAGUUCAUCAAGCGAUGUCAGCUAGAGGAUGCAUCGAUCACCUUCCUUUCUGGUAUUCCAGAGAACGUGAAGGAUGAAGUCGUGCGGAGCAUGUGCCCCGCCUGGGAGCAGGGUCUCAGUCAGCGCGAGUUCUUCGAGAUCGUCCGUGACAUUUGGAUCAAACAGCUGGACAUCCAAUGGAACAAGGAGGUCAUGCGGCUCAUUCGAACCUCCGCACAGGAGGAUCUUCGGAUUGUCAUGAUGAAAUUCGAUCCAACUCGGACGAAAGACGGCAAUGUGGCGGCCAGGCUGAACAGCUUCUUGAAGUCGGUCUUGCGCACCAGCCAUCGGCACCAGGGGGAACCCUACAUUUGCUUGGUGCCCGAAUGUUCAGUGCCUGAGAAAGACGUGGGUCGAGUCUUAGGUGAAAAAGGUGGCAACAUGAAGCAUAUUGUGACUGCGGUCAGCAAGAGCUUGGGGCAUGAUGAUUCCAAGCACGGUCACCGACCAUUGGUGCAGCUGAACUACACUGGGGGCAUUUGCCGCUUCGAGCUCACAUUGUAUCCUCCUUUCCAUGACCAAGAAUCCUUUUUCAUUGCCGCUGCAGAGGUUCAGAAGGUGGUCAAAGAUAUCAUGGACGAUCCCAGUGUCUUUAGCUUUUCCGGCUGCAAGAGACCUCCUCGUUUGCAGUACGAUGACUGGACGUGUCCCAACAAGCGCUGCCGGAACGUGUGCUUCGCCCGCCGGGUGCAAUGCCCCAGAUGUGGAGAGCACAAGCCGAAGGACUGGACUCCAUCGCAUUUGGCCCAGGAGGAAGGCCACUUUCAGAUUGGCGACGUGACCUGGGGCCGCGAGAAGCGAAUCCGAUUGGUGGAAACCAAGGAGGUUUACAAAGACAUGACCAUUUUACCCGGCCAUGCACGUGUGGUGUGGCUGGUGCCCGAAGCGGUGGCCAAUGAGCUGCGACCCAAAAGCUGGGAGAUCAAACAGACCACGCAACUGGAGAUGCUUUUGCUCACCCGUGACAUCGAGGCCGAGCUCUACUUUGGUCAGGAAUAUGUCCAAGCCUUCCUCAUUGGGCCUCCUCCACAAACACGGGAAGCCAUCCGCAGGAUCAAGGAACUCGUUGAGGGCCGCUUAUCGGAGAUGGGCUUCGAAGAGCUCCUCGACGCCGCGGAGGAGGCUCUCCAAGCAGGUGCCAGAUCACUGACCGACUUGACGGCCGUGUCCAAGGUGAAGGAGGCGAUGGGGAAGACCCGGCUGCUACGACAAGGAGCUGGUCUUCGGACGCUGCUUGAGGUGCUGGCGCGUUGGCCGGAGUAUUUCUCCUUGCAACCCACUGGCCCUCAAGGCGCUUUGGUGCAGAGCACCGGUGCCCGGGGGCAGCUCGAUGCGCAGGCGGCCCAGGUGACUGUGCGCGAGAAAGGCGACUGGGACGAGGAGGAGGGUACCGAGCAGAAGGAUGAGAAGGAGGACUGCACGAUGAAAGACCGGCUCACCAAUGGCAAAGAGAGUUGGACUUAUGAGGAUCCACCAGAGUCUCGAAGAUCUUAUCCUUAUGCCGGUGACUUGCUCGAUGUGAAGGUGCAGGUUGAUGGUGAAGACGGAGCUUCUGCUGCAUGGCCGGCAGAUCAUGCCGAAUGGGCGGAGCCGGAGCCUGCGGAGGCGGAGGUCAACACGACAGAGAUCCAGUCCGACAUGGUGGAUGUGAAUGUGCAGCAGGAUGAGGGAGAAGACUAUGGAGCACACCAUCCAACUUGGGAUGAAGAAGAUUGGGCAGCUCCCUCAGACGAGAUGGUUCACGUGAAGGUCCAAGGUGUCGACGCGGAUGAGACUGCUUGGGUGAACGAGGAGAACAUGGUCGAGGAAAGUGAGAUGGUCGAGGUGAACGUGGACAUGCCUGGUGAACUGUAUGGGGACGACGAGGACGUGGAGCCGGAGGAGCACUGGGCAGAGGUUGAGGAGGCGGUGGAGGAGGCAGUUGAGGAAGCCGUCGAGGACGCAGUUGAGGAGGCGGUUGAGGAGGAGCUUCAGGAGCCCGUUGAAGAAGAAGUAGCUGAAGAGACGGAGGUCGCCGCCCAAAAUGGACAUUGGCAAGGGAACACACGGACCGUGCGCAUGGCGUGGAGUCAGCCAAAGGCAGAAGCUUGGAGUGGCUGGGAGGAGGCGAAGGAGGAGUGGCGUGACGACCCUGCCGACGACGGAGAGACGGCGGAGCUCGGUGAGGCACGGCACUGGUCCGAGCUGCCCGACGUGGUCGAACCCAGGGCGAAGAGGAGGAGUUCUUGGAGAAAUGACUGGUGAUUUGCUGCCACAGAUUCAUCACCGCUGCCACCGCCCUCCCAAAGUGCGGAUGGGCAACACAGGCGGUGAGCAUGAUAUUCGUGGGAGAAGCAGCGCCAGGACUCCUGAUGUAGGGAUACCAGCUGCACAGAGAAAAAUACGAGAUGCCCUGCGCUGUGUGAUGGCAAAGACGAUUGUUACCAGAGAGGCUUGUACAAAGCCACAGCUGUGAUAAACCUGUUAUAUAGUUGGUAGACAGAUUUUGUUAGGCUCCACUGGGGUCACUUUGCACCACAUCCUUGGGAAGUUCGGGUCGAGCGGCGAGCUGUUUGCUUGACUCACCAGUCGUGGAAUACGAUUGCUCCCAGCACCCACCAGCACCACCAGCCUCUGAAAAUACUGAAUAUACCUUGGGCCCACUCAAGUAGGCCCUUGCCGUUCCAUCAUGUUCCAUGUUCCUACGCUGUCAACUCGAUCACGCGGGAAAACCAUGGAAAACCAGUUAGUUGCCUUGUUUUGCCAGCCAUGUUCUUCCUAUGUUGAUUCGGAGUAUAUGGGGCUUGCCUCAGCUGUUUUCUGAGGCCCUCACUUGUCGUGGCACGAUGGUGCUUGCAAGCGCUUUGCAACUCGGC